AUGGCUUCUUCUGUUUUUGUGUCUUCUUUUAAUGGAUGCGACGUUAUUGGAAGGAGGCGUUUUAGUACGAGUGGGGGAAAAAAUGAGGCAUUAUUAGGUCUCUGUGCGACGAGGACAUCGUCAUCAUCUUCGCGGUCGUCGUUCUCGGGAGCGAGAAGACGACGGUUUUCGGAGACGACGACGACGAAAUGCGUGUUAGCGAACGACAAAGACAUCUCGAACAAUAAGACGCCGGGGAAAAACAAAAAACAGCACACGGUGGUGAUGAAAUUCGGCGGCUCUUCCGUGGCCGACGCGGAACGGAUGAGAGAAGUCGCCAACAUCGUCCUGUCGUUUCCGGAGGAGAUGCCAGUUUUAGUCUUAAGCGCGAUGGGGAAAUCGACGAACAAUUUACUCAUGUGCGGCGAAGAGUCUCUGAAGUGUGAAAACGCCGAAGACGUGAGCUUGAUGAAACCGUUGCUGUUCGUGAAGACGUUACACGCGGAAACUAUGGACGUUUUGAACGUGGAUAAAGAGACCAGACGAGAGGUGAACGAACUUCUGAAGAAGUUGGAGCAAGUGUGCAUGGGCGUGUGUUUGAUGCAAGAGGUGACGCCGAGGACGAGAGCGAUGUUAGUGUCGUUCGGGGAGCGAAUGAGCACGCGGAUUUUUGCGAGUUAUUUGAGGACCAGAGGGGUGAACGCGAAACAGUACGACGCGUUUGAGAUUGGGAUGGUGACCAGCGACGACGACAUCGAAAACGGGAGAGUGUUGCCGGAAACGUAUGCGAAUAUGAAGAAGAGUUUGACGUUACCGGAUGGGGCAGAUCCGCAAAUUUCUGUCGUGACUGGGUUUUUGGGGAGAGGUGAAAACACGGGAGCGAUAUCGACGUUAGGGAGAGGUGGGUCGGAUUUGACCGCGACGGUGAUUGGCGCGGCGUUGGCACUAGAGGAAGUGCAGGUGUGGAAAGACGUGGACGGCGUUUUAAGUGCGGAUCCGAGAGAGAUUGAGAAUACGAUUCCCAUGCCGUUUCUGAGUUUCGACGAGGCGCAAGAGUUGGCGUAUUUUGGCGCGCAAGUUUUACAUCCGCAAGCUAUGAGGCCGGCGAUGGACAACGGGAGUUUACGAGUACGAGUGAAGAAUUCGUACAACAUUCGAGCACCCGGGACGGUGAUUGGCCACAUCGAUUAUAACAGUAGCGACGGGAAGAGCGGCGAUGAAGGCGAACGAAUGGACGAUUGGUUAUUAACUUCCAUCGUUCGCAAGAAAAACGUGACAAUGUUGGAUAUCGUUUCCACGCGAAUGCUCGGUCAGUAUGGGUUUCUCGCCGAAGUGUUCGCGGUGUUGCAACACAACGGCAUUUCAGUGGAUGUCGUCGCGACGUCGGAAGUUUCCGUCUCGUUGACUUUGGACCCGGCGAAAAUUUGGAGCAGAGAUUUAGCGCAGGAAGAGUUGGAGAAGGUCCAGCGAGAGUUGGAGGACGUUGGUACGGCCAGAGUCGCGGUAUCGAAUGGUCACUCCAUAAUCUCCUUAAUCGGCAACUUGGAGAGAAACAACGAGAUUAUGGAACGCGCGUUCAAGGCGUUGAAAGAGGCGAAAGUGCACGUGAAAAUGGUCUCGCAAGGCGCAUCCAAGUGUAACAUUUCGCUCUUAGUGGACGACGCCGAAGGUCAAAAGGCGGCGAGUGCUAUUCACGAAGAGUUUUUCGGUCGGGUCGGGUUCGGGAAGAAUCAACAUCUGCCCGGUAUGUAA